AUGCAACCACUUUCAAGGCUUUGGAGGCUGUGCACAGUAUCAAUCCAUCGCUCUUUUGAGUGCUCGGAAAGAAGAACUUUUACUUUACAACGAGAAAUAUCAACAUCAUCAUCCAAUGCUAGAGUAUUCCAGAGAUUACCAAGACAUUUAAGAAGGAGAGCCAUGUCAAAGGUUCCUCAUCUUCUUCCGAGACAUUUACGAAAUGCUGCAAUUAGAGAAAUGAAUCUUCCAAAACGGGUUCGACAAAGAAAGAGAAGGAAAGAUAUGAAACGAAAACAACAAAGAAAAGAUUUUGUAGUGAAUGUGAAACAGUUACCUGCUUUAAAUGGAGAAGCCAAUACUAAAGCUUUUCGAUUAUCUACACAUAUAUUUCAUGCCAAGCGAAUGAAAAUGGAGGAUAAAUGGGGAAUGAGACUUCCUGUGAAGCAUAUUACAGAUAAAAUAUUUAGAAAUGGAUAUAGAUAUAUUCGACGACAUUGCACAAUUCAUGAGAGGAGUUAUAUGGUGUGCUUACAAGUUGAUUUUAACACAGCUGGAAAUGUGGAAAAAUUGCUAAAAUCUAUGAUGAAUAUUCACAUCGAUUCAUCGUUAUUGUUCCAUAAUGAUUAUCUCGUUGGAAAGAGAGAAGGAUCUUUUGAGUGGAAAGAUAAGCACAAUUUUACAAUUUCCACUGUGGAAUUUUUAGUACGGCCAAAAACUGUGACAUUCAAUGGCGCUUCAGAGGAAUCAAUUAUGAUUUGGAUACACCCUUCAUCGCUUCCAGAAGGCUAUCGACAUUUAGAACAACUGGUAAAAGAUUUAAACGGAGAUAUUUAUCACAGAAACGAUUUAUCUAGAAUGGAGAGAAUGAAAACAGAUAUUCAAAUGGCUACUUCUUUGCCAGUAGAUAUGGUCCUUAGUUUCAUGGCUAAACAUCCAAUUUAUACUUCUUCGUUUAACACUACUUUUGAGGAUUUUAAGAAAGAAUCACAGCUAAUUGCAACUGCUAUUGCACCAUCGUUAUCAUAUACAUCUUCGCAAUCAUCCAGUAAGGACAAUGCUAAAUCUCUCAAUAGCUUGCAAAAGAAGUCCAUGGUAUAUGUGCCAGAUCGUAUGAAUGAUAUUGCAUUAAUUUGGAAUCAAAAAGAAUGUAAAGCCAGAUAUCAAUUUCCAUAUCUAAAAAGAAAUAAGAGAACAAGCAAAAAGUUCAAUCCACUACAAAGCGCAGAAGGACCAAGGUCGUACCCAAUUCUUCUCAUUCAAAAACCAUCAUCACUCAACAAUGGAAGUUCUAUGGGAGGAGGAUUUGAUAUCAUAUUACCCACUGUUGAUGUCUCUGCUCAUGUAUGGUUCAAGCUCAGUGAACAAAAAAACACCAUGGCACUUCCAAUAUUUGACAGAGACAGGCUUCUCCUAGAGCAAGGCAAGCGAGUAUUUCCAAACGACUAUCCUUCAAGCCAAGCAUUUCAAAGAGACGUUGUAGCCCAGAACGAACACUUGGAGGACUUUAUUCAACAGCUGAGUUGCCCUUUAUCUUCGUAUAGACCUGUACAGCUUUUUGGAAUUUGGGGAGGAAGUUUGGAACCUUAUGACAUGAUUUUUGUACCUACCAAUCAACAACAAAUUAUAGCCUUAACAAAACUUGCAAAACCUAGCAAGGACAACAAGGAGCUUGAAGCAAAAAUGCAUGCCAUUCCCAAGUCAAUGAUCGAAGCAAAAUGCAUUGGAUUUGUGACCUCUGCAAACUAUUCUCUCUUGCGAGGAAAGAAGUACGGUAUUGGAUUUAUUACGCUUGAGUCGAGCCAGCAGCUUCCAUCAAUUCCAGGGCACUCACAAAACAUUGUCCUUAUCAAGAGGAAAGACGAGUCCAACGAGUUUAUUAUCCUUUCCAAUGCUUAUAUAAAGUUCAGAAAUAAUAAUUAA